UUUGUCUUUCUGUGUUUUGUCCGUUCUGUGUUUUGGAAUUCCUCGUUUUACCCCUCAUCCGUGAAGUUAUAUUUUUAUUUUCUCAACUUGCCCGCGUUUAUUUUACAUCAUUAACUAAAUCGAUCGUUAAGGAAUAAAUUUUUUGAUAAAAUCUUUAUUUCUAUUUUUUGUGUUAGAGUUCACUUGUUUUACUUUUUAAAUGUUAAAAAAUAUUUUUAUUAUCGUGUCACAUUGAUAAAAAAAUAUUUUUGUUAGAUUUUGGAUUUGUGUCAAUUACCUUUUAAUGAUAACUUGACAAAUUUAAGUGAUAACAACAGAAUUUUCAAAUAAUUUUUUAAAAUAUUUCCAUUAAAUAUGGCCAAAUUAUUAACUGAUGAAGCUUUCCAAAAAUUGUUGUUUGACCUUCUUUGUGUGUGGCACGAUGUUCAGCGUCACUAUGAUCCGCCAAUUACACAUACUGAGGAGGAGAAAAUGCAAAAGGUGAAGCAAUUGAUUUGUAAAUUGUUGGGUGAAAUUGAUGGUCGAGUUAAACGCAUCCAAACAAUGUUGUCGACAACGCCUGAUGCUGAACAAGAGUUUAUUGAAGAAUGGUCUUUACUAACUUGGAAUGUUCUUUGCAUCACAAGUCGUUUGCAAAACGAAUUAAAUGUUUCCGUUAAAUCGCAAGAAGAUAAAGUUAUUUUUAACAAACUUAAUAUGGCGCUGGUUGAUCUUGUAAACAAUUCUAGAGCUGCAUUGAACCCUUUAUCAGUUCAUAUUGAUGCAACAUUCGAUUUAUUAGCCAACUCGUUAAGCGAUACUAUGCAUAUAUUGCAUGGACUUUACCGAACAUUAAAAUCCAAUAGACAAAUGAAUUCUGAUGAGGUUCAGGAUUUUGCUCAGAGGUUUGGUAUUUUUUGGUACUUUACUAGUUUAAGGAUACCUAUUUUAAGGGAAAGAUAUUUCGAUAAAUUUUUAAAGCUAUUUAAGUCAUUAUUAUUGUCUUGUUUUUUGGGUCCAAUUUUUUUGUUGGGUCUAAUUGUCAUCUUGAUUUUUCGAAAGAAUUUAACGAUAAUGUUUUCAAUGUUUAAUUAG